GUUGAAAAAUGGUGACCGAAGAAAACAAACUAGGUUUCUGACACUUUGUUUCUGUGUUUUGAGAGUGAAUUUAAACCUACAUGUUUGUCAGUAUGUUUGAAACAGUUGUAUAAAUCUGUGAUAAAGUAAUCAAUAUUAUUUUAGAAACAUGUUACCUAACGUGUACACUGUUUCUUGUUUUAUGUACAGUAUUUUGAAUGACAGUGCACUUCAGUUUACGAAGAUAAUAAAUCUUAUGCUUAUGUCAUUUAUUAUCGACUCUACGAAAGAAUUUACGUUAUUAUUUAAGAAACGUUUUGGCAACAAUUCGUAUUGGUUUUAACGUUGUGCUACUUCCUUGUGCUUCUAUGCACGAACAUGACAUUUUAUGCCGAAAUCGUCGUAUGUGAAGGCGCAUACAUCAUCUCUAUCAAGCUGAGAAAGACACGAGCACCAUGAAUGGCCAUAUAAUAUUGAACACCCCUAUUAUCGUUGAUGUUUGGAGGAGAGACACAGACGAGUACAUUCAUUUCCUCUCCCAUUGUCAUGCUGACCACACAGUUGGCCUGACAUCAUCAUGGAAGCUUCCAAUUUACACAACCAAUUUUAAUGCAUGGCUACUACAAAAGAAUUUCAAGAUUAAACCAUUUCUGCUGAGACCCCUCAGUACUGGAGACAGCCAUAUUAUCAAGGUUCCUGCCACUGGACAGGAAUUUACUGUCACAGUGAUUGAUGCUAAUCAUUGUCCAGGAUCUGUUAUGUUCCUUUUCCAAGGUUCCUUUGGUACAAUACUGUACACAGGAGACUUUCGCUAUGACCCAGUAAUGUUGGAAAAUAAAGUGUUGGCACAUGUUAUAGAAAAUGAGUUGCUUGACGUCCUCUAUGUAGACAACACAUAUGCAUCUCGAGAAUGCAAGAUUCCAAGCAGAACGGAGGCAACACAGAAGAUCAUUCAGAUAAUUCGAGAUCAUCCACAGCACAAUAUUCUGCUGGGUGUACGAUGGCUUGGAAAGGAAGAACUGCUGCAUAAAAUUGCUUUGGAAUUCUCUGAACAAAUCUGCGUGAAUGAAGAAAAACUGACUAUCUUGAAGUAUCUCCAGUAUGAAGGUGUGUUCACAACUGAUCCUGAAACGUGUCGGAUUCACGUGGUCAACUUCCAUUCUGUGACUGUCUCAUAUAUGCAGAAAAGGCAAAUGAUAUAUCCACACAUUGCCAUUCUUCCAACUGCUCUUUAUAAUGGAAGAUGUGCUUUUCAAGAUCUUCUAGUUCACCGUGGAGUUUAUGUUAUACCGUACAGUGAUCACAGCCCUUAUGAGGAACUCUUCACUUUCAUUUCACAACUGAAACCUUCCGAAAUACAUCCCAUCAUUAAAGAAACAACGAUACAUGAAAAAGAGAAAAUAUUGUCAUCCCACGAGUUUAUCAAAUCAUUCAGUAUUAUUCCAAAAAGUCUGUAUGAACUGUGUCGUAGAAGGAAAAUGGAGGGUGUAAGUUGUCAAAAUAAAGAACAGACAACAUACUGUCCCACAGAAAACCUGACUGCAUUGCCUUCACAAACAUCUCAUGAAAUCACACACACUAAAUUAAUCAGCAGGCCUCGAAUUACACGGAAUAAAAAGCUAUCAAAAGCCUGUGAAAAGAAAGGUGUGCAUUUUGACUCAUCUUUCACUUCUGAUGAAGGUGGUGAAACAUCAGAAAUUGACAUGAAGCAAACAACAGACUUAGAAAGAGAAGAAGUCAUAAUAAGGAUAUCUGAAGGAACACACACAAGGGUUAAAAUACCUUAUAAUGUAAAGAAUAAUUUGUUAGAUGUUCAAGUGAAGCUCUUUGAUAUUAGCACAUUCUGGAAAGAUGUUUCUGGAAUUUUAAGUAAAUUAAAUGCUAGAAAUAGAAGAGCCUUUUUAAGAGAUUUGUCAUGUAUGCAUCAUGGAGAGAGCCCUUCUCACAACAGGGAUAUUUCUGCCAGCUAUGAAAACCUGACUUACAGUUCUAACAACAGUAAUAAUUCACCUGAAAACAUGGACACAUCAGAAGGGCCAGGCAAUCACACACUGACACAUGACUCUGAAAACUCAUUUCAGGACAUGUCAUUGUCAUAUGCAAUGUACAUAAAAGAUGUAACAAUUAAAUCAGAAAAACUCAGUGACAGUGACUGCAUAUCCAUAUCUAGUGUAACUACAAUAACAGCACCACAGACAGUGUUGUCAUGCAAAGAAGAGAGAGAGGCAAAUCGAGAUGCUGCAAAUAUUGAACAUUUUGAAGAAAUGGACAUGCUUUCAGUGAAAAAUGAAAAUACAUAUUCAGAUGUUGAUACUGAAGAUCUUCAAAGACGUAUUAACAAGGAGAUAUGGAAGAAUGCCAUAGUUAUAUUCCCUGGCGAUUCAGCUGAUGAUAAUAGAUUGUGUGAACGCUAUGAAUCAGAUAAUGCAGUAGAAAACAGUUUUGAUGAAUGUACACCGUUCAUUUCCGAGACUCUGAAAUCAACUACAGAUCAGCCAUCUCGGCAGAAGAAAAGGAACAGGGCAGGUACUAAACCGGUAGGCAGUAACUCUGACAUCAUGCAGAAAUCAGAUACACAAACAGAAAGCUGCUCUGAAGUUAGCCUUGCACCAACAUUGUUAACCUGUUCAGCUGUACAGUCUUUUGCCAACAAGAACCAGGUAGCCUCAGGUCCUGGUACACAUAAUAAUAAGAAGAAGAAGAAUAGUAGUAUCAUCAUUGCUGAGGAGAGAAGAUCAGAGAUGAAAGACAGUAACAUGACCCUAGAUGUGGAAAACGGAGACACAUCCAAUACAGCUACUUGUUCCAGGAACAUUGCUUAUAAGAAAAAAGCAAGAAUUACAUCAAAAAUUUGUAAUUCUCAUUCCUUUGAAGCGUCGCACAAGCCAGUGGCAUCUCUUGGGUUAAGUGAAGAUGAGAGAGGAAAGGUAGUGCCUUGUAAUGGGGUGGAAGGUCCUAUAAAUUCAAAAAGCACUGAGCUGUUAUUCCACAUUUGUACAUCUGCAGAGGAAGGAGCUGGUUGCCUCUUUAAAGAUGAUCAUGCAAAUUCAGCUUCUGACCAGAGUGACUUUGAUCUGUUCUCUUCAGACAAUGAAAAGGCAAGAGAAUUCCGUGUCAAACUUAUAGAAAAUAAUUCGAGUACAUCACAGGCUCAACUGUUUCCAGAUAAUAAUGACACAUUACACACUGACCGAAAGCAACAUGAUACAGGAGUCCAGUGUGAACUACUUAGUGACUGUCUGUCAAGCUUAUGCCAUAAGGAAGUUUUUCCUGCACCAACAGAAAUUUGUGUGAAUAAGGAUUCUACAAACAUAGCAUCACCAAACUCUGUCAGAAUAAUGAAUUUGUUACAAAAUGUGGAAGUUCUUAUUACCGAAUCAGAUGCCACAUAUAGUCUUCAAUCUAAUGAAAGUGAAGAAGUUAAUUUUGGAAAGGUACAUGCUUAUUCAAAACCAACAUUAGAAUUGGGUAAGAAGUCCGAUGUUUCUAAUCUUGGAAGUAAACUCUAUAAUGAAAGCAGCAGUUCAAGAAGCACUGAUCUUAUCAUAGACAGUGCCGAUGUAGAUAAAUCAUACAGCCUCGAACAUGGAAUUAACUGUGAAAGUGCUGGAUUAAACAAUAAGACUGCAUUUACAAAUAGCAUCUCACACAAUAAUGACUACAUAGAUCCCAUAGCUGUUCAAAGCACGGGUCAGAAUACAGCGAUUAUAAUUACAGAUAACUCCUCUCAGAAUUACAAAAAAUUUAGGAAUGUCAGAAAUAUACGUCACAAUAGCACAGAUUCAAACACAGCAUUGAUAAGUGAGAGUGAGGCAUCUGUGUGUCCAGAAAGCCACAUCAUAUAUAACCCAUCAAGAAACGAUGUGGACUGUAAUUACUGGACAAAAUCUAACAGAACUCCAUUUGCAAUGGCUGAAGUUUUCCUAGCAGCACAGAAACUCUUUUUUCAGGAGGAUGAGUUUCCUACAGUAGCACCACACCUUAAUUACUCUAGUGAGUGUAGAGUUGUACCUGAGACGUCAGAUGAUUUGCUAAGUGACUUUGGAGUUGUACCCGAGAUGUCAGAAAUAUCAGCUAAUUUCCCAUGUGAAAAUGGAAUUGCAUCCAAGACACCAGAAGGAUCAGCUUGUUUGCUAGAUAAAAAUGGAGUUUCAGCUGAGACACUAGAAGAAUCAGGUCAUUUGCCAAGCAACAGUAACCAUGAUAUUAUACUAGACACAAUAGGUAAAAAUACAGUCACUACAGAAAUGUAUGGCUUUUCAGAAACUCUGCCACUUGAAUCGAGUUUCUCCACUUUGAAGGGAACAUUUCAGUAUGAUAAAAAAGAAAAGUAUAAAGACAUUAUGCAAAUUAAAAACAGUAAAAGUAUGGAUUUAAUGCAGAGGAAAACUGUGUCUUCCAAUGAAGAAUUGCAGAGUAUUAUGGUGAAGAGAGAGGAUGAAUAUUCAGAAGAAUCGUGUUCCAUCGAGCAAGUUACUGCUUUAAGAAAACAUUUUGAUUGUUUUAUCAAGAGAGCAGUAAUGAAAGAUCACAUGUAUUGUAAAACUGUUCAGAAUAUUCAGAUGUCAUCACAAAAUGUACGUGAAGUUAGAAGUCCUAACCAAACACUCAUAAAAGAAAGUCAUGUUGAACCAUGUACUACAAGAUUUGACAUAUGUUGUAAUAGAGAAGGUGUGCCCUUAAAUGAAAAUGCUGAUAGUAGGAACUUAUUACACAUUGCACCUAGAUUUGACAACUUUUGUUCCACGUCAGGUGUUUUAGAUAGUUCAAAUCACUGUCAGAAUCCAGAUAGGAUACUUAAUCAAUUUAAGGGAAAUGAAUUAAGUAAUCCCAGCAUUUUUGAAGUUGACAGAGUGAAGACUGAUUUACCUGAUGAUUCAUUUACUGAAAGGACUGUUGCUAAGGAGGAGGAUAAAGGAAGAAAAAGUACAGAGGUUAAUGAAACUUCAUCUGAUGAUGACCCGUUUCCUUCUAACAGAGUGAUGCAUGUUACCAGGACAUAUGGAAGGGCCAAAUGUUCACAGGAUGUCAGGAAACGUGUAAUUCAGAAUUCACAAAAUCUUUACACUUCACCCAAAAAUAUACCAUCCAAAACUGAUUCUAGGGAUUGGAAGUCAUAUACGAUAUACAGAGUGAUUGGACGGGUUAAAGUAGAAAAAUCAGCUGCUCAAAAGCAAUUUAAAAACCAAACACUAGUAAGUAUACCCCGUUUGGGACAGUACAAAAGAAAUCGCAAGCAGUCAAGUUCAGAAUAUUCUUCCAGUGUCUUUAAGCACCGAAGGGUUAGUGAUGGAACAUAACUGGCUCACAUUUGCUUGCCUGCUUUCAUGUUAUAUACUUUAUCAAGGUGGCUGUAGACACAUUAAUAAUACAUGACACCUAAAAUAAUGCAGUGAUGCAACAAAUUAUAUAACUAUUUCCUGAAAUUGACACAAAGUUGUACAAAAUAUCCCUUCAUCUACACAUUACAAACUUUGAUUUGAAUAACAGAAGCAUUUUCUUGCUUUCAAAAGUGGGAUGUAUGCCAUAUUUGAUAAUUUUCUAAGACACUGACCAAAGAUAAGAAUUUUGGUAUGAUAAACUAUAAAAAUUAAGGAAAACAAAAUUGACACAGUCCACUGUUCACACACAGACCUUGCAGAAUGCUGCAACUUCUGUGCACUCUGGCCCCAAUUUGUUUAUGUAUACCUACAAUUAUAUUUAACUCUUCAUGUAAAGUGACUGUCAGUAUAAGACCAGAAUUGUGAAUGCCAGAUUUUGUCCAAAGUAUAAUUAUUGUGUGGACAGAGUGAUGCUAUUAAGUGUCAUGACAUGUACCUAAAACUUGCAGAAUAUGAAAGAGUGGUGUCUGAUUUGAUUUGAACAGAUACUGUAGAAUGCUUGCUCAUAAAGCAUGGCUAAGGUGAAUAGACAAGAAAUAUCAAAAUUGCUGCCCACUUUUCCUUAAUCAGCAGUUUCUUGUGAGUUCAGUUUUAACAAAUUAAUUUUGUUUAACCUUCAACUGUCAUGCAGGAUAGCACCUCACCUGCAAGAUCCAAAUAUUAAGAUCUGCAUGCAUUAUUUCAGUCAUUACAUCUCUCCAAUCAUCAAUAAUUUACAUUAAUAUUUUUCACAGUGUUUUAUGUAAGACAGUUUUGUCAAUAAGUAUGCAGCUAUCAGGUGAAAAAUGUCUAUUAUUAUGUUUGUAGUGUUUCUGUACAUGUAUGAGUCACCUUCACACAGGGUGUAAAUUGGUACUCUUAUAUAAAAGAUAUUCCUGUAUUACACAUAAUUCACAUUAUGUUUCCACAAACUUAACAUCUAUUGGUAUUAAGUUUAUUUCAGAACAUGCUAUAUUUCACUUUUAGUCAUAAUAGUUUUCUUUAGAACAUGUUUUCGUUUUUAAUUUAAUUUAAUAAAGUUUGUAUAAUUAAUAUACUAUAAGA